AUGCUGCCACCAGUUAGUCCGUCCAUGCGGAAGACUCAGCCCAACUUCGGUCUCGCCAAGUCGACCAGUGAGCCCUCCGUGAGCAGUCUGACGUUGCCCGCAACCGUGAAGGGCUCAUUCCUUCCGCGCCAGAUGGGCCAUCCAACGAUUGCUGCCCGUCGAAACCUCGCGCAGCAGAGGAAGGCGCUGAUCAAGGAGACGCGCGACCUGGAAGACUGCAGCUUCUGGGGUGCCCAGGGCAUUCCUGGCUUUGCGGCCCACUUGAAAUCGCGCUUUGGCUCCAUCUUAGCUGGAUGGCGCCUGCUCGACUCGGACAAGAAAGGGCGCCUGUCCUUCCAUCCGUUUUGCAAGGCAGCGCGGAAAUGGGGCUACCAUGGCAACGUGAAGAAGCUCUGGACGGAGCUCGACGUGACCAGCAAGGGCUUCGACGUUGAUCCGGAUGCAGCGGCCUCGUACCUGCUCCAUUCAGCUCCACUGUGUUGUGGCUCAGACAAGCGACAGAAGAGUGUUGGGUACGGAGACAUGUUGGUCGCGUGGCAAGACUGCAUCGACGUGAAUGGCGCAGGCAAAGUGUCCGAGAGUGAGAUUGCAGACAGCCUCCGGGAGCUUG